AUGCAGCCCCAUGCGCAGCUGCAGCGAAACACAGGGACAACAAUGCAACAGCAGCAGCAGCAGCAGCAGCAACAGCAGCAGCAGCAUCAGCAGCAGCAGCAGCACUGGCAAGGCAUCCCUCCACCCCCCCCACCCCCGCCUGCAUACCCGCAGCACUUUCAAUGCGGUGUGCCGCUGCAAUACCAGCAGCAGCAGCAGCAGCUGCAGCAGCAGCAGCAGCAGCAGCUGCAGCAGCAGCAGCAGCGGCUGCUGCACCAGCAGCAGCAGCAGCUGCGCCAGCUGCUGCUGCAGCAACGGCAGCAGGGAGCAUUCCCUCCUCCUCAGCCGUUUGCUUCUGUUGCUGCAGUUCAAGGAGUGCAGCAGCAGCACAACGGGGCCCCACACGGGGGCCCCCCCCGCGGCUGGGGCCCCCCUUACCGGUCUGAUGACACUGCAGCAGCAGCAGCUGCUACUGCUACACCAGCAGCAGCAGCACAUACUCCGAGAGUAGCAGCAGCAAGGCCUCGCGAGGAGAUCGUUCUCAGCAGCAAUAGCAGCAGCAGCAGCAGCAGCAGCAGCAGCAGCGAGUCUGAGGGGGAGGCUUCUUCGAGCUCUGUCCCCCUGCAGCAACAGCCUAUGCUGCAGCGACAACAACGACAGCAGCAGCAGGAGCACCGGCGGCAGCAACAGCAGCGGAACCCCCACCACCACCAGCAGCAUCCGCAGCAGCAACAGCAGCAUCCGCAGCAGCAACAGCAGCAACAACAGCAGCAGCAGCAGCAGCAGCGGAAGCAGCGGGACAAGCAGCAGCGGAAUCAGCAGCAACAGCAGCAUCAUCAUCAGCAUCAACAGCAGCAUCAUCAUCAGCAGCAGCAGCAGCAUCAGCAGCAGCAGCAUCAUCAUCAGCAGCAGCAACAGCAGCAUCAUCAUCAUCAGCAGCAGCAUCAUCAUCAGCAUCAUCAGCAGCAGCAGCAGCAGAGCUCUGGAGACAGGCGUCCUAGGCAGCAGCAGCAGCAGCAGCAGCAGCAGCAGCAGCAGCAGCAGGAAGAAGAAGAACUACACCCAGCAAAAGAUUCUUCUUCGACUCCAAGUGCCCUAAGCAGCAGCAGCAGCAGCAGCGGCAGCAGCAGCAGCAGCGCCGGAGAGACAGGAGCUUCAAAAAGGCCGUAUGUUUCUGGUGUCUCUCCUGAGGAAGCUCUGUCUCGCCUUAAGCAGCAGCUACCGUUAAAGCUGCAGCAGCUGCAGCUGCAGCAGCAGCAGCAGCAGCAUGCGGCAGCAGGAGAUGGAGCGCAGGAGGGGUUUCUGAAGCUGCUGCAUGCACUGGAGUUGGCUGUCUUCCCAGCAGCAGCAGCAGCAGAACCCUCUGCGGUGUACACGCUGCUGCAGCUGCUGCAGCGAGAGGAUGCGGCGGCUGCUGCUGCAGCACUUGGCGAGGGGCUGUGCAUGCAAAUGAAGGAAGCCAACAGCAGCAGCAGCAGCAGCAGCAGCAGCGAUGCUGCACCGGGACACCCGGCUUUCGAGUUGUAUGUCCGUUUUGCUUCGCUCGUGCUGCAGACAGCAGCAGCAGCAGCAGCAGCAGCAGCAGCAGCAGGACCAUCAAGCGUAUCAAUGCAAACGGAGCUGAUAUAUGAGGUGUGCAUACACCUCGUCCGCUUGCAAUUUCCUGCUGCUGCUGCUGCUGCGCUGCAGCGCAGCAAACCGUUGGCAGAUGCUGCAGCUCUAAGCCUCUUCAUAUCACAGCUCAAGGGGGCCUUAAGGGGUGGUACCCCCACAGGGGCCCCCCUAAGUGAGGUGGGGGCCCCUCUGGGGGCCCCUCUGGGGGCCCCUCUUGGGGCCCCUCUUGGGGCCCCCAGCCCGUGUUUACCUGUGCUGUGGGGCGAGGGGUGUCUUUCUGCUGCAGCACAAAGCGCGUUUGUGUCUGAAUUGCAGCAGCAAAGCGAGAGCUGCUGCAUGCAGAUAGCAGCAACUCUGUGCAGCCCUUGGGCUCUUGCUGCUGCACUAACACACAGCUCUAGCCGCUGCUGCAAAGAACAGCAGCAGCAGCAGCAGCAUCAGGGACAGGGGCCGGAGGAGGCGGCUGCGGUGGAGCGUUGCUUGCAUCAGCUAGUCUCGCAGCAGCAGCAACGACAGCAGCAGCAGCAGCAGCAGCAGCAGCUAUCUUGGGAGGCUGCUGCUGCUGCUAUAGACGCAGCACCUCCUCUCGUAGACCUGCACACAUACUGCAGUUGGUGUGAUGUAUAUGAAUCAUCUCUAGGAGGCUUAGAGGCCUUCCUUGGCCGCCACGGCAGCUCUCCCUUUACCUCAACCAGCAGCAGCAGCAGCAGCAGCAGCAGCAGCAGCAGCAGCAGUUUGUUUGAGCGCGGGGUCUUCGUAUGCUUAGAGGAGGGCAGCAUCGUACGCCUCCCCAAGGUAACGGACUCUCCUGUGGCAGCCGCAGCAGCAGCGCCAGUGCAUCAGCAGCAGCAGCAGCUGGAACCGUCAUACACCAGCCUCUAUACAAAAGGCAAUCCGCAGCUACUUGCAGCAACAGCAGCAGCAGCAACAGCAGCAGCACCGGCAGCAGCAGCAGCAGCACCGGCAGCAGCAGCAGCAGCAGCAACCAUCCAAGGGAUAGACUUUGGAGACGGAGAUGUUUUGCUGCUGCCCUCUACAGGCACCAGGACUUUAACCCACCAUUUACCCCGCUACGUAGGAGGCGCUACUGCUGCAGCAGCAGCUCCUGCUGCAGCAGCUCCUGCUGCUCCUGCUGCAGCAGCAGCCCCUGCAGCAACAGCAGCUGCCGCUGCAGUUGGUGCAGCAUCAGCAGCUCUUAUAGCAGCAAAUGCAGCAGAGGAAGCAGCUCCCGCAGCAGAAGCAGCAGCUGGUUCUGCUGCUGCUUCUGCUGCUGCUGCUGCUGCUGCUGAGGAGACACCUGAAGACAUGUGGGGUAAGGGUGGCGCUGACGAGUUUGUGCUGCGGCUGCGGCGAGAAGAGUUUGGAGUAGAUAUUGACAGCAGCAAAGCUGCUUCAGGAUCAGCAGCGUCAUCAUCAGCAUCAGAAGCAGCAGCAGCUGCUGCUACAGGCCCUGCUGCAGCAGGAGCAGCAGCAGGAGCAGCAACCGAAAAGGAGACGCUUGUUGCUGCUGUGCUGCAGCGGCAGCGAGAGCGGCUCACCCGUGCUGUGCAGCGUUUAGCUGCUGAUCUAUAUUCGUCUGAGGGGCAUUUGCAGCUGGAGCUGCUGCAGAAUGCGGAUGAUAAUGUGUAUUUGCUGCCUCUACCUUUACCUCCUGCUGCGCUGCAGCAGCAGCAGCAGCAGCAGCAGCAGCUAAUGCUGCGUAUCGCUGCUCUCUCUCUCCCCUCCUUGCACUUUGAGCUGCUGCAGCAGGGUAUUGCUGUCUUUAACAAUGAGAGAGGGUUUACACCAGCAGACCUCAAAGCCCUAUGUGAUGUAGCGCGCAGCACUAAAGACCCUCUGCUGCAGCAGCAGCAACAGCAGCAUCAGCAGCAUCAGCAGCAUCAGCAGCAUCAGCAGCAUCAGCAGCAUCAGCAGCAUCAGCAGCAGCAGCAGAAGAAGGUGCGCCGCAUAGGGCGUUUCGGGGUAGGCUUUAAAUCUGUGUUUAAUAUGUCUGAUGAGCCGCACAUCUUUUCAUGUGGGGUUGCAGUUAAAUUUUUAGCAUAUGACAGCAGCGGCUUGGGUUUUGUGCUGCCGCAUUUGCUGCCUUCAAGAGACUGCAGCAGAUUUAUUCCGAUUGAAGCCAUCAGAGGCUCCCUACUCGCAGCACAACACCCUCUACCCUUACUUCAAAACUGCUGCAGCAGCAGCAGCAGCAGCAGCAGCAGCAGCAGCAGCAGCAGUAGUGGUGGUGGUGGCAGCGGAUGCUGCUGCUCCUUAUUGGUUUCCACUUCAGAGCAAACAGCAGCAGCAGCAACAUCAGCAGCAGCAGCAGCAGCAACAGCAACAGCAACUGCUGCUGCUGCUAUGCGCAUCUGGCGUACUAUCAUAUGGCUACCGGUGCGCCCUGAGCUGAAGGCGAAGUGGGUGCAGCAAGGAGACAGCAGUUUGCUGCAGCAAGGAGACAGUAGUUUGCUGCAGCGUCUGUCUUAUAUUGAGCCUCACUGUCUCCUUUUCUUGCGGCAGAUACGCAGGGUGUCUCUGCGCUGCCAGCAAAACAAAAGCUGCUUCUUGCUGCUGAAGCACACGCUGAACUCCAUCGAUACUGCUCUCUUCCAGCAGCAGCAGCAGCAGCAACAGCAGCAGCAGCAGCAGCAGCAACAGCAGGUGUAUGAUUUGCCGAGUUAUGCGCAGCACAUUGUGCUGACAUCCUGCCGUCGGUCGUUGGGCUCUAAUCCGUCGCUGCUCUGUGACUAUUGGAGCUGCUGCAGCAGCAGCAGCUCCAGCAGCAGCAGCAGCAGGGGAGGAGACAGUAGCUGCUGGCAGCAGCAGCAGCAGCACUGGCUGCUUGUACAGCACCAACCAGAGGGGUCUCCUCCUGCAGCAGGGCCUUAUGAAGAGCCCAUCGCAAUUGCUCUCCCCCUGACUCCCGAGGGAUUUGCUGCACCCACUCCAGCAGCAGCAGCAGCAGCAGCAGCAGACAUCAGCAGCAGCAGCAGCAGCAGCAGCAGCAGCAGCAGCAGGGGGUGGCCUCUGCAUUGCUUUUUGCCUGUGAGGGGCUUUGGUCUUCCCUUUAUAUUGCAUGCAGCAUUUACUCUAACAGCUUCGCGAGAAGACUUAAGGGGUGGAGACACGUGGAACAUGUGGCUGCUGCAGCAGCUUCCUGCUGCUGUUUGCCGCGCCCUGUCUGUCUGUAAAAAUGCUCAGCCGCAGCUGCAGGAGUCUCUGCUGCUGUUUGCUCCGCUGCUGCUGCAUGCUGCUGCAGCAGACGGAUCUGCAGAUAUGAUUGCAGAUGCUGCUGCUGCUGCUGUUGCUGCUGUAAAGCAGCUCGACUGCCUCAUGGCUCUUAACCCUGCCUUUCGAGUGCCGCAGCAGCAGCAGCAGCAACAACAGCAGCAGCAGCAGCAGCAGCAGACUGUACAAGCUGCUGCUCAGGACUACAUAUGGUGCUGCCCACCACGCGCAGUGCUUCCUUGCGGUGUUGCAGCUGAAGGCGCCUUCGGGCCUUUUGCUGCUGCUCCUGUGUCUCUUUCCAGCAGCAGCAGCAGCAGCAGCAACAGCAGCAGCAGCAGUCCUGCGGGGUGGCCAGUCCCUCCCUGGUUGCUGCAGCAGGCUUUAGGUCGGGUGUACGUACACCCGAGAGUUCUGCAGCAUGUGCAGCCAUCUACACUUCGUUUAUUGGGGGUGAAGGAUUUGUCUUGCUGGGAUAUUGUAGAUAUUCUGCGGUGUAUAGCCAGGUUGCAGCAGCAGCAGCAGCAGCAGCGAGAGCAGCAGGAGCAGCAGGAGCUAGAGCAGAUACUGCAUCCGCAGGGAAUCGGUCGGCUGCUGCUGCUGCUUGAGAGUGUCUGCAUGCAACAGCAGCAGCAGCAGCAGCAGCAGCAGCGGGCAGCAAUGAAGGCCCUCAGGAGCAUUCCUUUCAUACCUACCAGUUGUGGGGAGUUCGUAGCAGCAGACAGCACAAAGGCGCUGCUGUGUCUUCCUCCGCAUGCAGCUGCAACGGAUGCAGCUACAGAAGCAGCAGCAGCAGCUGCUGCUGCUGCUGCCGCAGGCGUAGAUUGCACUGGAGAUGAAGCUGGGGGCAGCACCACUGGAAGCCCGCUUGUGGUGUACGUACACCCCGGGGUCUUUGAGCCCUGGGUGACAGCAGCAGCAGCAGAAACCCAGCAGCAGCAGCAGCAGCAGCAGGAGCAAGUGCAGAAGGUGGGGGUGGAGCAACAGCCGCAGGACGAGCAGCAGCAGCAACAGGAUCAGCAGCAGCAGCAGCAGCAGGUGUUUGGGGAUCGUCUGCUGCAGCGAUCCCGCGUGGUGCGGUGUCUCCGCAGCUUGGGCAUUGACUUCAUGCAGCCGCAGCAGGUGCUGCAGCAGCGGUUGCUGCCGCUGCUGCAGCAAGAUGGGUUUAGAGAGACAGCAGCAGAGAGUCAGCUUGUGGAUUAUCUUUUCUUUCUCGUAUACCACUGCCGCAGCCUAGCAGCAGCAAUAGAGACAAACAGCAGCAGCAGCAGCAGCAGCAUCAAGCAGCAAAUACUCCAACUACCUGUCUGUACACACAAAGGCACUCGGGUGCCGUUGGGGUCUCCCUUGCUGCGGUGUCUUUGCGGGGAGGAGACGCGCAGCAAGCAGCAGCAGCAGCAGCAGCAGCAGGAGCUGGAACAGCAGCAGGAGGGGAUGCUGCUGCAGCUGUAUAAAGAGCUGCUGCCCGAUUGUUUGUUUUUAUCUGCUGCAUACACCCCAGUUGUCUCUCUUCCUUCAUGGAGACGCUUUUGCACCCUGCUGGGGCUGCAGCGUCUCUUGCAUGUCUCGUCUCUCCUCUAUUGGCUGCACACCGAUGAGCCGCAGCAGCAGCAGCAGCAGCAGGGGCAGGAGAAGCAGCAGCAGCAGCAGCAGCAGCAGCAGCAGCAGCAGCGUAGCGUCUCUGCACGCAUCGAGCUCGUGGCUGUUGAUGGGGCCCCAGUGGUUGGGGGGAGCAGCAGCAGCAGCAGCAGCAGCAGCAUGACGGAGGAGCUGUCGCUGCAUUUGUCUCGUCGGUGGGAGGAGCCGCAGCUCAAGUGGCUGCAGACGGAACUGCAGCAGCAGCAGCAGCAGCAGCAGCAGUGGGAUGCAGCAGAUGCGCUGUGUGCGUCUGCUGCAGCAACUGUCUCCUCAGGUGUCUCCGUUCUAAUUGAAGAUUUCGUCUGUCUCGAUUUCCAGCGCCUCGUGGCUGCAGCAGCAGCAGGUGCUGCUGCUGCAGGCAGCAGCAGCAGCAGCAGCAGCAGCGAACAGGCCUUGCAACUCCAGACAAUGGUGCGGCAGCCCAUGCAGCGGGUGCUGCUUGUCCAGCAGCAGCUGCAGCAAGUUGAGGGAAUGUCUCUCCGUCUCUUUGCUGCAGUAUUAGUGGAGGCGCAGCAGCAUUGGCAGCACUGCAAGCGCAUGCGCUGGCGGCUAGCAGCAGCACCAGCGGCAGCAGCAGCAGCAGGCACAGCAGCAGCAACAGCAGAGGGGUCGGCCACACAGCAGCAGCAGCAGCAGCAGUGGCAGCACCAUCACCUGCAGCAUUUCUCUCCGCCGCAGCAGCUGUUGCAGCAACAGCAACAUCCGCUCCUGCUGCUGCAGCAGCAGCAGCAGCAGCAGCAGCAAGGAGGCUUGCGGAGUGCCUUUGGUUUUCCUUCGCGUAUUGAAGGAGACGGGGCCUCCUCUCUCUUUGUGCAGCUGCGCUGCAGCACGUGGCUGCCGGCUGUUGCAUGCGACGCCCUGUCUGUCUCUGUUGCAGCAGCAGCAGCAGCAGCAGCAGCACAAGGCGGGAAGGCUCAGCAGCAGCAGCAGCAGCAGCUCUUCGAGAUCGACUGUGAGGGAGAUCAAAGCCUCCUGGACAGCAGCAGCAGCAGCAGCAGCAGCAGCGACAGCCAAGAGGAACUUGCAGCAGCACCCCAGCCCAGGGGACGCAGCAGCAGCAGCAGCAGCCGCAGCAGCAGCACCAACAGAAACAGAAGCAGCACACGCUGCAGGGCAAGAAGCAAAAAGCGCUGUUUCCGUCUUGUUGACGAAUUCAGAAACAGCGGCAGCAGCAGCAGCAGUGGCGGCAGCAGCGACGGUACGGGGAGGAGCAGCAGCAGCAGCAGCAGCAAUAACAGCAGCAGCAGCCCCCCCCUGCCUUCAGCAGCCAUUGACGAACGCCAAGGCAACAGACGCCCCAGCACCACACCCCUCAACAAGUGCCCCAGAUGCACCGGGAGUGGCAGCAACAGCAGCAGCAGCAGCAGCAGCAGCAGCAGCAGCAGCAGCCGCGUGCUUUGGUACUGGCGGUUUGUGGGGCUUCGUAGGCCGCAGCAGCUCGCAGCGCCGGCAGCUGAGUGCGCUGGGGUGUACGGACGACUGGUGGAGUACCUGCACCCUCUAGCGAACCGUUUGCUGCAGCAGCAGCAGCAGCAGCAGCAACAGGAGCAACAGCAGCAGCAGCAGCAGCACGUCGGGGUGGAGGUGCAGCAGCUGCUGCACAGCAGCAGCUGCAGCACCGCUCUUGAUGGACUGGCGUACGCGGGGAGCUGUAUAGACACCCCAGAGAGUGCCCUGUUGCUUGCUGCUUCACCGAAGGCUGCAGCAACAACAGGAGCAGCAGCAACAGCAGCAGCAACAGCAACAGCAGAAGGUGAAGGCUCUGAAGGGAAGCAGCUGUGGCCUUUCGGGUGUUUGUCUCGUGCAGCGCAGUGGAUCGAGGAACGCCGAACACCCGCCAAGGCAGCAAGAGCAGCAGCAGCAGCAGCAGCAGCAGCAGCAGCAGGAGACAGUGCAUGCAUAAGGGAGGUGCCAGAAGGCCUUCACCGAGUGCCGGGAGAAGCAGCAGCAACAAGCUUGCUGCUGUCUCUAGCUGCUCAUUUGCAGCGGGUAGGGAGCCCACUGGCCGGAACCCCACAUGGCAUCAGCAGCAGCAGCAGCAGCAGCAGCAGCAAGAAUGUUUGUGGAUCGGGUGGGACCCUCUCAAGCCCCGCGCAGUGGAUCGAGGAACGCCGAACACCCGCCAAGGCAGCAAGAGCAGCAGCAGCAGCAGCAGCAGCAGCAGCAGCAGGAGACAGUGCAUGCAUAAGGGAGGUGCCAGAAGGCCUUCACCGAGUGCCGGGAGAAGCAGCAGCAACAAGCUUGCUGCUGUCUCUAGCUGCUCAUUUGCAGCGGGUAGGGAGCCCACUGGCCGGAACCCCACAUGGCAUCAGCAGCAGCAGCAGCAGCAGCAGCAGCAAGAAUGUUUGUGGAUCGGGUGGGACCCUCUCAAGCCCCGGUGCGGCUGUCUCCCUCGCGGUUUGCUUCUUAGCAGCAGCCGAUGCUACUUGCAGGGAAGGACGCUGCUGUUGCAGCAGCAGCAGCAGCAGCAACUGCAGCGAGGGGCCUAUCAACUGCGGCUGCCUGUGUCAGCAUGUGGGGGGCCGCACUGUCUCCUUAUUUUGCUGCUGCUGCAGCGCAGUAGUUGAGGAUUUCUUCAGUUUGCUGCAGUACCUCGCCCACAGGCGGCAUCCAGCAGCAGCAGCAGCAGCAGCAGCAGCUGGAGCGGCAGCAGCCGCAGCAGCAGCGCAGCAGUCGAGCCUCUGGAGUGUCUUCGCAUCCGAGGGGGUUCUGCUGCUGCCGCACCCAGCAGCAACAGCUAUGUCUCUCGAAUAUCCACAGCCGGCCGCCGCCGCAGCAGCAGCAGCAGCUGCUGCUGCUGCUGCAGGGGUUACUCUAGGCUGCUGCAUCUGCUGGAGGCCGCCAUCUGCUGCAGUCUUCCGCUUGCCGCUGGGGGCCCCCCGCGCUGCUUUCCCUGGCUGCUGGCCUUUAGAAGACAUCGCACUGCUGCUGUACAGACACCGCGAGCUGCGCAUGCAGCCCCGCUCCCCACAGCAGCAGCAGCAGCAGCAGCAGCAGCAGCAGCAGCAGCAGCUUGCUGAGUUGGAGACAUUCUUGCUGCAGGAGUUGAGGGUUGAAGAGUUCCCGUCUCUUGCUGAUUGUGUGGGGGCCCUGGAGCGGCUAAGCAGCGCUAAGGAGGGCACCACGUCUGCAGCAGCAGCAGCAGCAACUGCAGCAGCAACUGCUACUGCAGCAGCAGCAGCAGGAGGACUGGCUGCUGCUUGCAUGCAUGCGCUGUUGGGAAGGCCCCGAAAGCUGCGGCGGUACGCUGCUGCAGCAGACGGCAGCUGCAGCCCCUCGUCUUCCUCUGCUGCUGUUGAGGAGACAGCUGCAGCAGCAGCAGCAGCAGCAGCAGCGUCCCCUGUGAAGGGCCGCGAGAGUGAGCCGCUGCUGCAGGUGGUUGCGCUGUUGCUGCACCUCCAGCAGCGCUGCAGCAGCAGCAGCGGCAGCCGUCUGCUUGCAUUAAUCGGAGGUCUUCCUGUGGUGCCUUGCAUCCAGCUGUCUCCUUCUGCUGCUGUCUCUCCUCAAGGGCGUAGUGCUGCUGCUGCCGCUGCUGCUGCAGGAUGUAGAGGCCUGCUGCAGCUGCAGCUGCUUCCAGCAAGCACCCCCAUGUGGCUGCGGCUGACGCCGAGGGACUUCAAGGUGUGGGAGCUGCUGCAGGCUGGUGCAGCAGCAGCAGCAGCAGCAACAACAACAACAGGAGCAGCAGCAGCAGGGCGGCGGCGACGACAGGGAGGAAACAGCUGGGCCAGCCGCUGGCAGGAGACAGAGGAGACAGAAGCCUCUAGCUGUCUCUCCGUGGUGUGGUGCUGUGAAGCUGCAUGCAGCUGGGGGGAGUUUGCUGCUGCUGCUGCUGCAGCAGACUGCAGCAGAGAAGAAGGAGACAGUUUAUGUGCAGCUUGCGAGGCUCUGCUGCUUCGGCGGCAACACCAGCAGCAGCAGCAACAGCAGCAGCAGGUGCUGCAGCAGUGGCUGCAGCUGCUGCAGCAACAGCUGGGUGUGGGGCCCCUCAGCUCCGCCUGUUUGCUGCAGCUAACUGCUGCGCCGCUUCCGCCUCUGUCGGGAGCGGGAUCGUCUUUGGAGACGAUCCCACUCGGGUCCCCUUUGCAUGACACCCCACACCUUCCCCAGGGCCUUGUCCUUGAAGGCUUGAAGCAGCGGCUGCUGCUGCUGCUGCUGCCAGCAGCACGCCGCUAUCUCCUCUACAGAGACACACAACGCUACCUCUUGCUGCAGCGCCAGUGGCUAGCUAACCGCCAGCAGCAGCAGGAGCAGCAGGAGCAGCAGGAGCAGCAGCAGCAGCAGCAGCAGUUGGUGUCUGGGGAUUCCCCUCAAGACAGCCGCAAGCUGUGCUGGCUGCAGCAACUGCAGCGGCUGCUGCUGCUGCUAUGCAGACACCUCCGCAGCAGAGUUUGCUGCACCGAGGUAGCAGCAUCGGGGCCCUGGGAAGACUGCCCUGCUGCGCUGCAGUGGGAGACUAUCCUUGAAGGCGACGAAGAGCUCAGCAGCAGCAGCAGCAGCAGCAGCAGCAGCAGCAGCAGCAGCAGAGAGAACAGGUGGGAGACGCAAGACGCUUCAGGUGUCUCCUUUCCCCUGUUCUUAGCAUGGAGCGUCAAGGACGAGUCUCUGAGUGCUGCGCUGCUGCAGCUGGAAGCAGCGGAGUGCAGCAGCAACAGCAGCAGCAGCAGCAGCAACAGGAGCAGCAGCAGGAGCAGUGAGAAAGUAGGGAAGCUGUUUGCUGCAGCGCAUGCAGACGCGCUGCAGGAUCUGCUGCUGCCUUCUCUACCUUUAGACUUCUUCUUAGAAUUCACGCGGAUCUUCUCGCUUGAAGGCAGCAGAGACGAACGCCUUGCUUCUUUUUUGCUGCUGCUGUAUGCACGCCUGCAGCACAAGCUGCUGCAGUGGAGCAUGAGGCCCCCGGAGGGUGGCGUGCUGCGGUGGCUGCGAGAGCUGCAGCGCAGCAGCAGCAGCAGCAGUAGCAGCACCAGCAGCAGGUUCUGCUGCAAGCUCUCCACUGCUGCUGCAGCAGCAAUCGUAGGUGCAGCAGUCGGAGACUGUCUGAAGACUGAGGGCCUCUGGGAGGGGCCCCUGGAUACACCUGAGCUGCAGCAGCGCUGCGUUGCUGCUGUACAAACGAUUGUCCCCAGCAGCAGCAGCAGCAGCAGCAGCAGCAGCGGCAGCUUUGCCGAUAGCGGUGCUGCUGCUGCUGGUGCUGCAGGGUUUGCAGCAGAUGCUGCAUCGGCGACGCCUUCUACACUGCUGCUGCUGCUAAAGGAGGAAGCAGCAGCAGCAAAUGAACGGGUAAGGGGGGCCCUUAACUCGAUUACAGAGGGGCCCCUGUGGCUGCUGCACGACGCUUGGUUUGUGAUAACAGCAAACGGAGACAGUUCAGAGGGAGACACUGCGGCAGCUGCAGAAGCAGCAGCAGCAGCUGCUGCUGCUGCUUCUGAAGACACAGUGGCAGCAGAUUUAGAAGAAGAAGCAGAAGAAGGCGAAGGAGAAGAAGCACCAGCGCCAGCAGCAGCAGCAGCAGCAGCAGCAGAGGAAACAGAGAUGCAAGAAGAUGAAGGCGCAGUAGAAGAGGGAAGGCGGCCUCGGAAGAAGCAGCAAAAGAGACAGGGGCCCCGCGCUGCAGCUGCUGCUGCUGCUGCUGAGCGCAGCGGGGAUGGAGACGAAGACCAGCACGUCGCUGUAGCCAGCAGCAGCAGCAGCAGCAGCAGCAGCAGCAGCAGCAGCAGGGACAGUGACAGUGAUGUGGAGGAGUUGUCAGCUGAGGCAUUUGGUUGGGAAGAGGAUGCAGCAGCAGAAGAUGCAGCAGAUGCAGCAGCAGCAGUAGCAGCAGCAGCAAGUCGACGAAGCCUUUAUAGAUCUCCCCCUAGAGGGGCAGCAGCAUCAGAGGAAGGGGGCUUGUUUGCUGAGCUGCACACAGGAGGAGACAGUGCUGCUGCUGCUGCUGCUGCAUCUGCUGCUGCUGCUGCUGCUUGGGGGCCUCAAGGAGACAGCCAGCAGAGGGACUCCCCUCUAGCUGCAGCAAAUGAAGAAGAAGAAUUCGUCGCUAUUGGGGACUUCACUGCUCAAGCUGUUGAUAUAUCCCAGGAGUAA